CUUGAAACGGUCAAGACCAGGAGGAGGGCGGCCACUUACAAUGACUUCGCUGAUCCUCAACCCGCUUCGAUACCUCUUCUCAGCCUCGCUACGCACCGCAUUCCAGCCCGACGUCCGACACAAUCCCGUCGUGCUCAAUGCGGACCGUCAGUCUGACGACGGAUCCUUCCGCAACAAGGAGGAGCGACGUGGCUUUUCGCCACAGUAUGUCGCGCCACUGCGGCCGCCCAGGACAAGCUUCGAGGCACAGAGGCUCUAUAACCACCUCCGCACUGUCGCAUGGUACCUAGACGCGAUCCCCUUUCUGGGCAAGCAGCUGCCCUUCAACGUCGGCGUCGAUUCCAUCAUUGGACUCAUCCCUGGGCUCGGCGACUACAUCGGCGUCGUUUUGUCGCUCUAUGCUCUCUUUCUGAGCUGUCUCUUUGGUCUGCCCCUCGAGGUCAUUGGAUUCAUGCUCAUCAACAUUGUUCUGGAUUGCGUUCUGGGUCUGGUCCCAAUCGUCGGAGAUGCGCUCGACGUAGCAUUCAAGGCCAAUCUUCGAAAUCUAAGGCUGCUCGAGGACCACCUCGACAAGAACAAAGGCGUCUGCGGGGCCGGUCGCUUUAGCCUCACGUUCCCUCCUUCGAACCGCUUCUUGCCCCUCGAGUCGCCGCAGGCCGCCAGGGGUGCCAUGCCGAGCGUCAACGAGAGCGAGAGCCGAGGGUGGCGACGAACGAGAAAUGCCAACCAGACGGCGGCGACGUCGGAUUUUGGUAGUGGGGCGAUGGGCAGUGAGGCUCCUCCUGUCGCCCCUAACGGUGCAUUUACCGAUGCACAAGAGCAAGAAGUAUGGAAUGAAGAGGGCCCAGAGUACGUGUUCAGCACAAUGCGAUACGAGCAAAGAGGCGCUCGGAUCGAAGAUCUGAUACCUGAAGAAGUGCUUGGGAAAGGGGGAAGGGGGACAAGCACGGAGGGGCAAGAGCUGGGAGGACAAAUUCCUCUGCUCUCUCGUCAUGUAGCAAGGAUCGUCGAGGCGCGUAAAGCUGUGCGAGCUCGCUACAAAGGCUGGAUUGACACGACAGUGGGCGAUGUAGAGCUAUCAACGGCUCUGAAGAUCGCCCUGCAGAAGCGGCUUUCGAGCGAGUCAGGACUUCGGCGGGUCAGACUAGCACUUGACAGAAGGGGCGACAUCGAGGUGACGGUCGCACCCAUGUCGGCACCGGACAGUGAAGCCCCUCCCGCGCAAGUGAGGAUCGAUACGAGACCAAUUGGAGAAGAGGCCCAGCGUGCUGGUGUCUUGCAUUACAAGACGUCGAGCAGGCAAACCUACGACGAAGCACGCGAGAGAGUCGGAGCGACGCUUGGGAUGUCCAACGUUUCCGUCGUGGAUCCAUGCUUCGACGUUCUACUCUGCCGACAUGGGAAGAAUGGAUAUGCAAACUCCAAGGGAAAGCUGCUCCUGACGGAAAGUAGCAUCGCCAAUAUCAUCGUCGAGGUCUUCCACCCUCAUGCUUUCUACACGCCCACCGCCAGUCAAAGCGCACUCCUACCUGGGCUCAUGCGAGGCGAGCUGCUGGAGCGAGGCCUGAUUCAAGAGGCCGAUUUGGCAGUCGAUGACGUUGUUGACAUGAUCCGAGGAAACAGGGCACGCUUGUGGCUCUGCAAUGCCCUUAGAGGCGUCUUUCCUGUUCAGCUACAAUUCCACGACUGAUGACAAUGAACAAUGCCCCCAGGAAUGCAUGCGAUAGCCAGGCCGUGUGCUCUGCGGAUCACCUGCGUAAUGCGUUCAGGUGACCUUCCAACUUAGCGGAAUAUGGGGUAAUAAUACCAUUCACUUUGUUGUCAUUCAAUACAUGGACAUGCCUGUGAAACAAUCUUUCAUCGAGGAGGUUCUGGCGACCAACAUAAAUACGAGGAGAAUCUAUGAACACCCGGCUCAACUAGCACGACAGCCUUUUGACCUGUUAACCACGCCGCCUUGCCUUUCCUUCCUCUUCCUCGUCAUCGUCCUCGUCGUCUCCACCUCCCAAAGCAUCCUCGUCCUCGUCGUCGCUCAUCGAC